GCGGACGGUUGCACCCACCCUACCCAAAAUGAAUUAACAGGCGCCUGCGAGUGAAAUAACGGGGAAUCUCGCUCUACAAAGGGUAGAGGGGAUCUCCUCCGCAGCGUCAUACGCUACAAUUUCUCCCGAUCGUGGGAUCCUGUGAAAUUCACUCUUGAACAUAUUUUGUAGCUAAGCUUUGAUGUCCAGAUAUGAUUUAGAACAGCGGGAAGGUUCGCGUUACUGUCCUGUACGAGGGGACGAGUUAGUUGUUGAUUCUCGAAGACAACACGCUGGAGAGAGAGAGCUGCGGCUCUACGGCUCCUAGACUCUGAGCCGUGAAGGGGCUCUACACAGACGACCCACACACACGACCCACACACUGUUUUGUGUCUCUACUGCUGAUGCUGGGUAUCCUGCCUGGCUGCCUGCGCGCUCCAUCCCCAGCUCCAGGCCCGGACCAUGAAGAGGCCCAAACAGCAGACUCAGCCCCUUAGCUUCCUCUCCUUCUUCAGCCGGAAGCCUAAAUCAGACCCCAGGCUUGAGAGGCCUGCUGGGGCCCUCAACAAGGAGGAGGUUUCCAUCACACUCACGCCCAGCGAACAUGCAGAGCAGGACCAGAACAUCACAACCCAAGAGGGCGGAGACUCGGGGGUCGGAGGAACGGAAGGAGGCGGCAUCGGGGCGGCAUCAUCGGGGACAACAGGCGACGAAGGUGGAGCCACAACGGCAGCAGAAUGCUGCAGCGAGGGCGGAGCCAACUGCGGUUCCACAGGGGUCCUAUCCCUCUCCUCCUCCAGCCAGGACCAGCCAUUGGAUGAUCACCACUUGGAGGAGUGUCCUCUGUGUCUCCUCAGCCAACCACGAUGCCAGUUCCCCCGUCUCUCUUCCUGUUCUCACCGAGCCUGCUAUGACUGCCUGGCACAGUACCUGAGGAUGGAGAUCUCAGAGAGCCGUGUGGGCGUGGCUUGUCCUCAGUGCCCCGAGGCUCUGGCGCCACCUGACGUAAGGGCCAUCCUGGAUGACCGGGCGCUGCUGGAGAGAUUGGAGGAGUACCAGCUGAGGAGGUUCCUGGCUGCCGACCCAGACACACGCUGGUGUCCUACACCCGACUGCAGGUUUGCGGUGAUAGCGUACGGCUGUGCGGAGUGUCCUAAAUUAAGCUGUGGGCGUGAGGGCUGUGACACAGAGUUCUGCUACCACUGUCGCCAGCUGUGGCACCCCGAUCAGACGUGUGACCAGGCCCGACGCCAGUGGGCACACCACACCUGGAGGGGCAAUGAUGCCUCCACACUAUAUGUGUUGAAUGAGGAGCCUGGAGGAGAGUCAGAGGAGAUUAAGGCGUGUCCUCGUUGUGGGGCCUACAUCAUGAAGACCAACGAUGGCAGCUGUAACCGGAUGAACUGUACCGUGUGUGCUUGUCAGUUCUGCUGGCUGUGUAUGCAGGAGAUCACCGACGUGCACUACCUCAGUCCCUCAGGCUGUACGUUCUGGGGAAAGAAGCCAUGGUCUCAGACCCGGAAGGUGCUGUGGCAGGUGGGCAUGCUGCUGGGCGCCCCAGUAAUCAUCUCUCUCGUCGCUGGCAUCGCCAUCCCCGUCAUCAUGGUGGGCAUUCCUAUCUACAUGGGCCGCAAGGUCCACGGUCGCUGGAAGAAGAAGAACAUGUCGGGUAGCAAACAUUACCUAACAGUGGCCAGUGGCGUCAUGAUGUCCGUGUUCGUGUCGCCCGUCAUAGCUGCUGUCACUGUGGGGGUUGGCGUCCCGUUGAUGUUGACGUAUGUUUACGGUGUCGUCCCCAUGUCGCUCUGUCGGAACGGAUUGUGCCGACCGCGUAAUGAGCCUCCGGAAACACACACGAUACAACUGGAAGACCUGGCCAGCUAUCUUCUAUUCUCUCAUGUAGUCAGCGACCACUGGCCGGAACUGGGCGGCCAGACCAACCCCACUCUCAGCAACACCAGUGUCCAGGAAGUCCUGCAGGAUGUUAGGAUCAGCGUACAGGAAGUCUGUGUACUCCCCAACACCUGCAGUGCCGCCACGACCUCGAAACCAGACACCUGCGUGGGAUUGGAUGAGCAACAGGACAGCCAAUCAGACUGUGAAGGAGCUGGGGUUGGGGGUGCUGGGAUGCUGCAUGACUCAAACGCAUUCUCCUUGCGGGAAGGAACAAACAUUGAGGUGCGUGUGGAGAUCGAGGCCCAACCUCGAGGUGCCCGCCAGUCCAGCCUGAGUAGUGUCCUGUCCAUCCGUAGCCUAUCAGCCGAGUCCCUGGACCGUAUCCACUCAAUAGACCAUGCACACUCGCAAGAUCACCUUGGCCACUCCCACUCCAGGGAACACCUGGACUCCGCCCACUCCCAGGAAUACCUGUGUGCCUCUGAACAUGAAGGAGAGGGAGAAGAAGAGGGAGGAGAAGAGGAAGGAAGAGGAAGAGACAGAGGAAGCAGGGACCACCUGCCUGUUUGAGUCGGACAAUAUCUGUGCUCCACCUACUCUGUAGACCACACCCUGCUUCCACUACAGGCUCCUCCCGCCAGCUCCACCCUCUGAGGAAGAGAGAGGAACAUGGGGCGAGAGAAGAGGGAGAAAUUGAAAUAGAGAAUGAAAGAGAAAGUGUGUGUGUGUGUGUGUGUGUGAAAGAGAAAGUCUCUGCGUGAGGGAGGGAGAGAGAGAGAGCGAGCCACGCAAGGAUGGACAGAAAACAUCGACACAAACCAGAUAAAUGACUGAACUGUUGAUUGACUAGUUUAGGUGGCUGUUAACCUCCAGUUUAUUUUACUGUUGUCCUUUCAGAAGAUGCUGCUUUCCCUGCUCUGACACUGGUCUAUUUUAAAUGAUUAUUACCAAAGCCCUUACCCACGUAUUUAUAGUGACAUGUGGCCGUGUGUCUCAUAGAUGAGGCCCUGACCCUAGAUCAGUGCUGCUACCGUGUGAGAGGCGCUUGAUGAAUAUGUCUAAUAAAACAUGUAACAGGAUUUGUUUAAAGGUUAGUUCUGUAAAGGGGUUAGCCAUAUGUAACGUGAUGCUGCAACUCCUCAUGUCCUGACACUGAUUGAAUCCCCGAGCUGGCGAGGUAAAAAUCUGUCGUUCUGCCCCUGAACAAGGCAGUUAACCCACUGUUCCCCGGGCGCCGA